UUGCAAUAUCAAAAAUGGCGGACCCUUAAACAGAGAUAUUUUGAAAAGGGUUAGGGUUUUUCUUGUUGUAGGUGUGUGUACGCGAAAGAGACUAAUGGAUCAGACAAAAGAGCAAAAUGACGAUUAUGGCUACAACUUAUUUCCGGAAAGAAAGAAGAGCAAAUACCAGAAAGGCUCCAUUGGGGAAAGUUUGUUCACCUUCAACCACAAAUGUCAGAUUAUGCUGCAUGUCGCAAUUGAGACAAAUCCAUAUGCAAAAGUUCUCCUCGGAGCCAUGAAGAACUCAGGCUGUGCAGUGUACAAAGACAGACAUUUCUCCUGUGAGGACUGUGACGGAACCGUUAGCGGCGGCUUCGAUGCCACGACAUCUCAAAUUGUGUUGUGUCAAAACAACAUUCACCAACAGACUCAUAUGAACAGAGUGGUCACGCACGAGCUCAUUCAUGCGUUUGAUCACUGUCGUGCACAUGUUGACUGGUUCAAUAACUUCAAGCACUUGGCUUGUUCAGAGAUUCGGGCAGCUAGUCUCAGCGGAGACUGUUCAUUCAGCAAUGAGCUCGCUAGGUUUAAUUUUGGCCUCAAAAAGCACCAUCAGGAGUGUGUGCGGGACCGGGCAAUGCGCUCCAUCCUCGCCGUGCGGAAGAUUAGCAGAGAAGAGGCGGUGAAAACGGUCAAUGAGGUUUUUGGCAGCUGCUACAAUGAUCACGAACCCUUUGGCCGCAUACCGCACAGCAAAAAGGACGCCAGGUUUGCCUACAGAGAUUUUGAGAACCGAGACCGAUACUAUGCAAACUUAUAGGUGGUGGUAGCAUCGCAUACCAAUGUGAAUAAAGGGAAAUAUUUGAUUUAAUUCAUGCAGCAUGCUGUUUAAUUAUAUAAUCAAGUUGCAUAUUUAAUUAAUUUUGUGAUUUGUUACAUUAUAUGAAAUAAAUUGUGACUUUUGUAACAUGCUAUGUAAUGCGUUUCUAAAUAUAUUUUAAAUCAAAAGACCCAAAAUAAAAAUGGCACCAAAGACACCCUUUUAGAUUAUUAUAGCUGCAUUAUCUGGAAUAGAGUCAACUUGUUAAUUUUGCUGAUCUAGUAAGUUGAUUGUUUUUGUUUACUAUACUGUAAUUUCAUGCUCCUUUUUUAAAGAAAUGAGUAAAUUUAUACUUAAGGUAUUCAGAACACAGCUAUGUGUCAUUAUAUUAUGAUUAUUAUAUACACUAAUGAUUACUGCUCUGCCUGUGCAUUUUUAAUUGGCGGUUAUAACCCCUUUGGACAUACUGUGUACAAUUGUACGCAUGAAGUUACAUAGCAUUUUUCCUUGUGUCUGAAGGGGAUAAAACAAGUAAUUUGUUAGUGGUCUGAGUAACAAUUGUAAUCUGUUAGUCAGCCAUUGGGCGGCGGCAGUUACUUACAAAAGAGACUGUUAACGCCAAAAGAGUGAAACUUGAUAAGGAUUGUGAUCAAGUUGUGUUUGAAUUGUGUCCUGUUCGCUGUUAACUUCACUGGAUAAUCAGGAGAAUUAUGUUGCAUAAUAGUAACAUGAUGCUGUAAAUUAUAAUCUACAUUUUGUUAAAAAAAAUUUUUAUUGUACGUAUUGCAGUGUUACCAUGAAAUGUCCCAGAUUUUUGUCUUUUCCUCCAUGUCAAGCUCCUUAGCAGCUAUGUUUUAUUUUUCUCUCUCUUUGAAACAAUUGUUUAGGGCAUUGCAUUGUUAAACUAGAUGAUGGUGGUUCGUAUUUUGUUUUUAUUUAACUUCUUAGUUCUGUGAUCUAUAGAGCGCGCUCCCAUUUCCUCCUCCUGCUUUUCUUCUUCUAUAAAGCUAAAUUGUAACAGCUUCCUUUACAUGAUUGAUCUUCAGGUUUCUUGCAUACUAAUGAUCUGAUGAUGAUUCGGGUUUGAUGAUGAUCAUCCUUCGAGGUCGAAGAUGACCAUAACUUUAAUUUGGUGGGUGGUGGUUGUGGGUCCAGAGGUGACUGAUCAGGCCAGUCCGGGCUUUGACGGUACGCCCACGUGUCAGGCACGCGUGGGUAGGUGCUGUAGUGGGGGUGGUGAUAGUUCGAGCUUUCCAUGCAGCUCGUUUCUUCUGGGCCUCGGCAACGUGUUUCAUCUAUUGUGGGAGCAUAAGCACUAAUCAACAUUGCGUUCUUCUUGCCUCCAAGUGGAAGCUGAAGUGUUAUCAGGCAGGCGAUUGUUGAUGCCCUCCGGGAGUUUGGUAAGUUUCUGGGCAAGGUGGGACUUUACAGCAAAUCCACUGCCUGCCUCUCUCCGUUCAGUGCUGCUAUGAUCACUCCAGAAGAAGGUAUAUCUACCACCAGGUUCCCUGAGCUAACACUUGUCCACUAGAUGUGUUUCGCUAAGCGCAGCUAUGUCCACAUUGUAGUGAGUUAGUUCCCUGGUGACUAGUGCAGUGCUUCUCUCUGGCCUGUCUCCUUUGAUGUUAUCCAGUAGAGUGCGUACAGUCCACAUGUCAAUAUCGAGUACCUUCACUAUCUUAUUUACCUUCUUAUUCGCUGUAUUUCGACCGCUGAGUGGGAUCCCUGCCAGCUGCUGUGUGCUGGCCACUGUGAGGUGAAGCAGGCUGUUUGUGGCACCUUUUCUAGCCCCUUCCUCCAUGGAGGUGAGCAGAGUGAAUCCUAAACAGGGCUGCUCAGACACCCAGGGGUCUGCCGAACUCCGCUGCUGCUUUAUUCCAGCAGAGAGCCCUGCUAUGCCCUGGGCCACCUGUGUGUAGAUUUGUGACUACAGCUUCCAGUGUUUCCACACCUGUUGUUUCACCACUUGCCCAUCGCCACAGGACUUGAAUUUGAAGUCAUGAUUUGCGUGUGACUUGGAUUAGAGUGAGGGAGAGUUGCGCAGCCGUCAGCCUCACUCUCUUGUCCCGACCUAACUGGGUCCAGGGCAAGAUGGAAUCGAGAUGGCUGGAGCUAGGUCAGGAUGCAGUGGAUGGCCAAUAGUGUUCUACAUGUUGCACUGUGCCCUGAUCGCACUCCACAAAUGCUUUGCUGGGUCCACCUUCCUGUCCGUAGAACCACCAGGUGGUGGUCUCCUCCACGCAGUCUGCCAAGUCUAGUCUUCAGUCAUAACCCUGACUGGGGGAGUGAGGAGUUGCUAGUGCUUGCUCAAGGCACUACCCCAGGCUAGUGGAGGGAAGGAGACGCCUUAUGACUCCAUUGCAUGGUGGUCAAGGACGGCACAUGUCCACUGCCCUAAUACAGAUUCUAUACUACAUUCUCUACACAUUCUACACCAUAUUCUGUAACACAUUUUACACUACACUCUCUCCAGCAUGCAGGAGCUCAGGAUCAGGGCUGAAGCCAACUGUGUGUUUGUGGGCAUAGUUGGAAAUCCUGAUAAAAUGUACUGUACUACAAAUACUAAUGUGAGAUAGGGAGGUUGUAGUGCAAUAAUAAACACAAUGACAGUAAUAUACAAUAAAAUAUAUUUUAUACUACUUAUACAAUAAAAUAAUUGUACAACAAAAGAGAAAUAUACAUAUAGAUGUAUUUUAAAUAUAAACAUAGUGCAAUUAUAGCUUAGUAAUACAUAUUUUGUCCUUGUGCAAAAGGUCGUGGUCAAAAAGUGCAUUGUGCAAAAUGUGUAAUAUUGCAAGAUUCUUUUGCAACAGUGUGAUAAGAUUCAGGCCCUGUCCACACGGCAACGGAUUCAGGUGAAUCUGAUAAAAUUGUUUAUCGUUUCGGCCUGGCGUCCACGCGGCACCGGCGUUUUGGGUGCCCCAAAACGAAAUCUUUUGAGAACGGGUUCCAGAGUGAAAAAAUCUGGCAACGGCGCCAUUGCGAAGUCGUCUGGAUGAGUAGAACGGAUUUGUUUAUGAUGACGUCACAACCACAUGACUGUCAGUGCUUCACGCCGGGUAGAAGUGUAACGAACUCGAUGCGAGUUGUCAACAAAUCCUAUAACUUGGUUCAUGAAACGCGCUUACAAAAUAUUUUCACUGUGAAGUGAGCGAGAGAGUGAGAGAAUAGCCCUUAGGGCAGAGUCUUUAGUCCAAACACUGCGGAAGCAGUACCAAACCGCGCACCGCCCAUGCGCUUUCCAAAAACAAAAACAAUCCCGCCAGCAAAAAUAGGAAAAAAAGGAGCGAUCUCACCUCUUCAGAUGUUGGUUUAAGUCCGACAAUACAUUCCUCAAAAAGGGCAUAGAAGAACAAAGUAAUCCAUCAACGUGUAGCAUUCAAUUUAUUCCGGACCAUUAAAGAAUUCUGGAGGAUAUCAGAAUGUUGGCGUACCGGCUUCCAUCUACCCUGGUUCAUUCCUCUUUCCGCGUCUCCAUUCAAAAAACGAGCACGUGAUUUAAAGGGACUAUAGCCAUAGGACAGGGAGUGAGAAGGUGUGCGCGUGUGACAGUGACAGGGAAGAACCUAGGCUCAUGCUCGCCCUGAAUUUCUCUUAACGUGGACAGCACUUUUUAGAAAUUCGGAACAAGAAUCCACAUAUGUAGACAUACUUUUUCUCUAAAAGUACAUCUUAUCAAAAGAUGAUGCUUAGUUUUUAUUCUAAUCAGGUUCUAAUAAGCCCAAAUAGCAAAGAGAAAUAAAAAAUGCAUGUAAAAAAAACAGCUUGGGCCUUAGGAGGUUAAAGUGAAGGCAGAAGAACGUUCAGCGCCUGGCCAGGCUUUCUAUGUAUUAAUUUACAUAGACGUUUUAAUAUGAAAUAUAAAUAAGUGUCUUAGACAAUAGAUACUAUUUUACGCUACUGACUAAUAAUCAAAACUUUAUGUAGCUAAUGCUACAGAAGAAGGGGUUUAUGCGCAUGCGUCUACUUCUAUUGUUCUGGUGUCUCCGAUGGGACUGUCUUACAGCGCACGUAGAGGUGUGGCAUGUGUAUUGCAUCGUUUUCAGCAAGCGUUGCGUUGCCAUAUGAACCUGAUAUUUUACUGAUCCGUUGCCCAUGUGGACGCGAUAUUUAAAAAAAAAAAUCUCGUUGCCGUUGUCGUGUGGAUGUAGCCUCAGUGUAACAAAUUGUUUGUGCACAGUGCAAUACCAAUAUAAAUAGUGGAGGCAGGAUAGCACCAAGGGUCACUGUCCCCUCAACUGAAUAAAUAAACGUCAUGUCUCAAAUUGUAUACUUAUAUAAUGUUCUAGAUCUUAUUGAGCACAAACCCAACCAGUUUUCCUAAGCAUUUGAAACAGCAAAAAGUUUUCAAGAGAAAUAUAGCUUGUGUGUUUUAUGUUGCUGUUAUUAUGAAAUCAUUAAACACUACAGUUAGACUUUGAAAACCAGAUGGACAGGGAUGUUUUGCUCUUGGAUGCUGUCUCGUGAAUGCCACUUUUAAUCCUCUAGAUGUAAAUAAGGUACACAGUCGAGUAUGUGAACAAAUGCUGCUUGUAUAGCAGUUGUGUGCACACAUGUACGUAGUGUGAAAUUAAGUAUUAUCUGGGUUAUUUGGGUUUACUGGGAACAACACACACACCUCAAUAGUAAUUUGAAUUUCCAGGAAUUAUGUGAACAUUUCUGCUGCUAAUGAUAUGUGAUGAUGUUGAUUAAAUUAUUUGCAUAGAAAACAUAGGUCUGCUCCUGGGGUAGAGAAUCUGUUUUUCCUCUUUUUACUCAUUGAAUGUCUGUCUGUUAGUUAAUCUCCUGGUCAGAUGUCCUGAAACAAACCAACAUAUCCUUCCUCAAAACCAUGUCCAUCUCCCACUACUUGGAUGGCAUCUGUCUUGGGGCUCGUAGGCUUAUUAGCACUUUCAAAGACAUGCGGUUAGGUUAAUGUAUGUAUGACUGUAUGAGGACCCCAUUGAAAAGAUGUUCAUGGUGGCAAUUUAUGAGAUUGUGAACUGUGCACAUAACUGGGCUAUCCUAAAUAAAUAUAUUCCAUUAUUAUUA